GGCCGGUGCAGCAUGACAGCGGCAGCUCCGGAGCUAAAAGCAAUCUCCAAAGGAAGGACAACAUCAUUAUCUUGGUCUCAGCCCAGAGGAACAUGAGGGAUGGAGCGAUGCCACGGUGGGUGGAAGGGGAGGCUGUGAGGGCUGCUGAAGAUGUCCGAUAGUCUGGAUAUUGAAGAGAAACCUCCAGCCCCACCGUUGAGAAUGAACAGCAACAAUCGCGAUUCUUCAGCACUAAACCACAGUUCAAAACCGCUCCCCAUGGCCCCAGAGGAGAAGAACAAGAAAGCCAGGCUUCGCUCCAUCUUCCCGGGAGGAGGGGAUAAAACCAACAAGAAGAAAGAGAAAGAACGUCCUGAGAUCUCUCUUCCUUCAGACUUUGAACAUACCAUUCAUGUGGGAUUUGAUGCCGUCACUGGAGAAUUCACACCAGAUCUCUAUGGCUCACAGAUGUGCACAGGGAAGCUCCCAGAGGGCAUUCCAGAGCAGUGGGCCAGACUACUACAGACCUCCAACAUAACAAAACUGGAGCAGAAGAAGAACCCACAAGCUGUUCUAGAUGUUCUCAAAUUUUAUGAUUCCAAAGAAACAGUUAACAACCAGAAAUAUAUGAGCUUUACGUCAGGAGAUAAAAGUGCCCAUGGAUACAUAGAAGCCCAUCCUUCGAGCACAAAAACAGCAUCAGAACCCCCGCUAGCUCCCUCUGUUUCUGAAGAAGAGGAUGAAGAUGAUGAAGAAGAGGAAGAUGACAAUGAACCUCCACCUGUUAUCGCACCACGGCCUGAACAUACAAAAUCUAUCUACACACGCUCUGUAAUUGAACCUGCCGCUGCACCAGCACCAGCUAAAGAAGCCACCACUCCCCAACCCGAAAACUCAAACACAAACACUUUGUACAGAAACACAGACCGGCAGCGAAAAAAAUCCAAGAUGACAGAUGAGGAGAUCCUAGAGAAACUGAGGAGCAUUGUGAGUGUGGGAGAUCCUAAGAAGAAAUACACUCGAUUUGAAAAAAUUGGCCAAGGGGCAUCGGGAACUGUUUAUACGGCAAUCGACAUUGCCACAGGACAAGAGGUGGCCAUAAAGCAAAUGAAUCUCCAACAACAGCCCAAAAAGGAACUAAUUAUUAAUGAAAUCCUAGUCAUGAGGGAAAAUAAGAACCCCAAUAUUGUUAACUAUUUAGACAGCUACCUAGUCGGUGAUGAACUCUGGGUGGUUAUGGAGUACUUGGCUGGAGGCUCUUUAACCGAUGUUGUCACAGAGACGUGUAUGGAUGAGGGACAGAUAGCAGCCGUCUGUAGGGAGUGCCUGCAAGCACUGGAUUUCCUUCAUUCAAACCAAGUGAUUCACAGAGACAUCAAAAGCGACAAUAUUCUUCUCGGAAUGGAUGGAUCUGUCAAAUUGACUGAUUUUGGCUUCUGUGCUCAGAUCACCCCUGAGCAGAGUAAACGGAGCACAAUGGUCGGGACUCCUUACUGGAUGGCACCAGAAGUGGUGACAAGAAAAGCAUACGGCCCCAAAGUGGACAUCUGGUCACUUGGGAUCAUGGCAAUAGAAAUGGUGGAAGGAGAACCUCCUUAUCUUAAUGAAAAUCCUCUCAGGGCGCUGUAUCUGAUAGCUACGAACGGGACACCAGAGCUGCAGAACCCCGAGCGACUGUCCGCUGUGUUUCGCGACUUUCUGAACUGCUGCCUAGAGAUGGACGUGGACAGGCGAGGGUCUGCCAAGGAGCUUCUGCAGCAUCCAUUUUUAAAAUUAGCCAAGCCUCUCUCCAGCCUGACUCCUCUGAUCAUUGCAGCAAAGGAAGCGAUUAAGAACAGCAGCCGCUAGCGCUUCAGGCCGGCUUUCUCCCAUGCCAGCUCAGAGCAGGACUGAGAACAAAAACUCUAUAAAAACCUCAACUCUCGUGCUGCAGGACAGAUGGAUGGAUGGAUGAACAAACCAACGGUCACAGUCAUGGUGGUAGGAGGGAGAACAACCCAGUCCCUCAAGGAGUAAAAAAAAAAUUAUCAUUUGUCUUCUUUCCUGUUUUCUGGCUCCUUAAUUUAUUUUUAAGAUGAAACAGGGCUUAAGACAGAGAGGUAAUGACCGAAAAUGCUUUGCUGCCUCAGCCAUUUCCAAGGUAAAGCAAAUUCAGUUGGAAGAUUCCCUUCCUUCUCACCCUGUGAAUAAGCUGUACAUUCACUUUUAAAUUGUCAGUUGUUUCUUAAAGACGGAAAGUCCCUUUUUUGUUUUUUUGGUAUGGUUUGGAAUUGGAGAAGGGUCUCCUUCAUUCAUAAACUCCAGACUGCACUGCCUUUUGAAUAUAGCCCACUCGCUGGUAUUUGCCCAGUCAUGGUACUUCUAGAUGAGGAAGAAAGUGAAAUUGCAUUUCCAACCAAAAAUAAAUCAAGAGUGGGGCAGACAGAACAUCCUGUUGAGAUACAGGCUUUCAACUGUGAAUAUAUAGUGUUGCGGUUCUUGACAAUUUGAUUUGUAUAAUUAAUUGUAAUCUGUUUGCCUGGAUGAGAGUCUUACUAAAAUGAAAAAGCAGAAAGAUGAGUCAGUGUGCUCAGAAAGGACUCAUCUGAUGCAAAGCUGUAAGAGAAAUGUGAGGUGAGAGCGGGCCCAGUCUCGCCUGGCGCUGAGCCCCAGCAGAGCCCUUGCAGGGCACAGCGCAGCCUCAGCAUCCACAGGCCCGGGCUGGAAGAAGGCACUUGCAGCGGCCGGCAGCAGCAGAUGGGCACUGGGUGCUUGCCUCUUCCUGGGACCGGACUAACCAUCCCGUAUCAGAGUCAAACUGGCAGCGGGCUGCUCCCAAGGUGAAAUGCUGUGAAAUGCACGGACUGGUGGGAUUAGCCAUCUUCAGUGUGUGCAGGAGUAGAGAAGGGCAGAACAGAGCUGAGUGGUGUUGGCGCUUCUGAGAAUGCCUACUCUCCCGGUCGUCUGGUAGCUCCUGGGAAAGGUUAGUAGCGUCCGCGCCACUCUCAGCAGAGGGGGAGGGAGCCAGGCUGCUCCGCAGGCUCGUGCGCAGGUGGGUGUCCUUCAGGCACGUGGAAACUGAGGCUGACGCAAGUGAGCAACAACUUCCACAGUUUAAAGCUGCAUGAGCCAGUGCAGCAGGCAGCUCUGGAAGAAAGCGCACUAAAACCUGGAGUUCUGCACUGGGCGAGAGCAAAUGUGUGAAAUGCAGAGUGGAUUGCAGAAAUAUUUAGAGGCAUCAAGCCAGCCUGCUUUCUGCUGUCCUGCGUACAGCAAGCACUGCUGAAUGCGGCUCUGCUGGGAGGGAGGGAAUCCCGGAUGUGACUGAGGAUUGUGCUUGACUAGUCAACUGAUUUGUAAGGGAGCAGAAUAGUUUAAGUAUGCAAUUUGUGUUUUAUUUAUUAAUUUCUGAAAGACACAAUGUGGCUUCACUCGGAAAAAGCAUUUGCAUGGAGUAUUUGUUGCUGUAUUUUAGUAGUACAAUUAAUCAAAGACCUUCAGAGCAGCAAUUAAAGCAACACCCACCCAGUGAGCAAAAAAACCCCCAAACAAAGCAAACCAGCUUUCUGCUGUAGAUCUUCAUGUUUAGGCAUGGUCCUGCAAAGGGCUACGUAGCCUGUAAGGUACUACCCACCUUCCUGUUUUGCCAGUAGGAAUGAGGGAUGCUUGGGCUGUUCUUGAAUUAGGCCCUUAGCUUGUUUGGCUUUGGCUUCUUACUUAGUUACAGUCCUUGUGUUGCAACUGUCAUUAGUACUGCCUAACAUACCCUCGCUCGCUCUGUCCGUCCCAGUGUCUUGGCCGAGGCAACAGAGAGGCGAUGCUCAGUGAGUUACCACAGCUAAGUGUGAAUUAACCUUUCUUGAUUUCCUGGGGAGCACAACAGGUCUGAUUUUCAGAUGCUCAAAUAACAUGCCGAGGCGAGCAGCUCCGGUGCCGGCACGAUCCG